UUUUUAGAAGUCACGUCAGUUUGGAAGAGGAGUUCGACCCACCUGAUGAUCCUUGGCUCAAUCCGCUCCACAUUACUUACCACAUUAAUCUACCUCUGACAUUAAACCUAUCUGCGCGCGUGCGUUUUAUAUUUCUCAUCAAUCGCUUUUUGUAACGUCUAGUGAAUAUUUUAACGGAAUAUUAAAGGAGUGGUACGGUCAUUAUCAGUCCUAAAUUGCACUAUCGUCUUUCCCUUUUUUUAUUUUUUGCACUUGAGCAUUUUUUUGUGAGGAUGCAUACCACCCAAAAGGACACCACUUAUACCAAGAUAUUUGUCGGUGGUCUUCCGUAUCAUACGACGGAUUCCAGUCUAAGGAAAUAUUUUGAAGUGUUUGGCGAAAUAGAAGAAGCUGUGGUGAUUACCGACAGACAGACUGGGAAGUCCAGGGGUUAUGGAUUUGUGACUAUGGCAGACCGCUCUGCUGCAGACAGAGCUUGUAAGGACCCCAACCCCAUCAUCGACGGCAGGAAAGCCAACGUUAACCUGGCUUAUCUCGGAGCCAAGCCACGGGUGAUGCAGCCAGGUUUUACCUUCGGUGUCCCUCAGAUUCACCCUGCUUACAUCCAAAGACCAUAUGGGAUCCCCACUCACUAUGUGUACCCGCAGGCCUUCAUGCAGCCCAGUGUGGUCAUCCCUCACAUCCAGCCAGCGGCGGCCUCCGCCACCGCGUCCUCACCUUACAUCGACUACACAGGUGCAGCCUACGCACAGUACGCCAGCGCUGCAACCGCUGCGGCCGCCGCAGCCUACGAGCAGUACCCGUACGCUGCCUCUCCUGCCGCAACCGGCUACGUAGCUACCGCCGGCUACGGUUACGCCAUGCAGCAGCCACUGGCCACCGCCGCACCGGGGUCUGCAGCCGCGGCUGCGGCCUUCGGGCAAUACCAGCCCCAGCAGCUGCAAGCCGAACGGAUGCAAUAGCAACCAAAGAGACGGACGGGAGACGCGCAGGGAAUCGAUGCCCAGCGACUGCUACUAGAUGAUGAAGAAGAGGAUGGUGACGAAAAUAGUUGCUGGUUGUGGGUUGAUUGCAAGAGGAGGAAGACGAGGAGCAUACAGGAGGGGGAUAGUAAUUGAUAGAGAGAUUAUUAGUGAGAUGGGAACUCCAUUGCUUUCCAACUUGCUGUGAUUAAAGAAAAAAAACAACAAAACCAAACAAACAAAAAAAAAAAAAAAAAAGAUCGCAGAAAAGGACGGAAUCUAGCUUGUUACUAUUAUCAUUAUUAUGUUAUCUUUAUUACUAUAAUUAAUAUUAGAGUAGAAUAUUUAUUGCGAAAGGAGGUAUGCAGCGACUAAUCACUGUGGUAUAGGUGCGUUGUAGACGAAACCUUAAGUCCCGAUGCUGUCAUUUAAUGUAGGCGACCGUUUUUCCGAAGGACACUUGGAAAUGUCCCACAUUGUUUUGAUUCUAGGGCCCCUUACCUUUAUAUUUAUUCUCAUUUUUGAGGGCUCUUUUUGUUCUGUCGUCUUCUCAAGUGCAUUUUUUUUUUUUUUGAUCAUCAGGGAAUGGAGCAUUUUUCAGCGAAUUAGAAACGACAAACUCUGCCAAUCAGGGAUAGUAGACCUAACUGUGGCGAAAUGGAGAAAGAUCCAGUGUUAGCAUGUUUUAUGUGUUGUGAAUUACCUUUUUAUCUAUCUGAUGCUGAAUGUCCCCCUUUCUCUGACUCCUGUAUUGACCUCCUGACCUAUGCAAAGCAAACAGGCCGCCAGGGGACAAAACAAAGUGCAGGAACAGGAGAGAUUUUCUUUUGCUCCCCCAUAAUGGGCAUCGAACAAUUUGAAGGCACUCUCGAAAAGACAAAAAGACUGAGACGUAUUGUAUUAUAUGCUUACAAAACACACGGACUAACAUGUACACCAUUACACACAAAUUUAAGUGUUAAUGUCUGUCUGUGGGCGAGGGAGGACGCAUAAACACACACAAACAAAGAUGACUACGUAGGGAAAAAAGCAUGGUGCAAUGCUCAGUACUAGUAUAGAAUCAUAGAGCAAUUGCUGUGUUGGAAGGAACAGGCACUGAUACACACAUACACAGUCGGAUUGCUCUGGAAAGAUCACUGGUGCUCGUUUAUUGAGCUGUCACAAUUUCAUCCCUGGACCCCGGUCCUGCUCCGGGUCUGUCAACUCUUCUUAUCCUCCUAGAGAGGGUCCAGAAGCUUGAGGACAGACCUGUGCAUCCUCCCGAUAUCAGCGACGGAUCUUUAUCUGGAACACGAUGAGGAUCCGAGAUAAGGGAGGGGGUUCCCGCAAGCUUUUCACCCUAUACCAAUGAACCGCUAUUGGCCUGGUCUUUAUAUGUUCACUAAGAAAUAUGUCUGAGCACCAGCACACGUAAUAAGGUCUAUGUAUUUCAAUGAGCAACUCUUUACAGAACAGCACUAUAGUGAAAGGAUCUGAAUCCAUGCGUACGAGGGUUCUUUGUGUGCCUUACAUUUGUAAUGCUAUUUAAAGACAUCUGCUAUUUAAGAUAUUUAUUUUGAGUUGACUUAUGUUGCGCUCUAAGAUCACUGAUUUAGAAGCGGUACUGUAUGGAUAAUAAUGUAUUCAUCUCAUGGCAUAUUAUUAUAAGUUAUUGAGUAGGCUUAGUUGUAGUAUUAUUAACAUACUCAACCAAAAAUGUUGGUGUAGGACUUAUUUAAGAUACAAUUCUGUAUGUGCACUGUACAAUUCUCUUUUUUUUUUUUUUUUUUCUUUAUACAUUUGGAAUUUUAGAACAUGACAUUAAAUAUCGGCUAGUGUAAUGCCUAUCGUAUGACAUUUAUUUUAUUGCAGGCCUGUUGUUUCAGGCAUGUUAUCUCCAUUUGUCAUAUCCAGAACUGUUUAAAAGACUUUAAAAAAAGGACAAAAAAAAAGACCUGGCGAAACCUAAGGGACAUGCUGCUUCAUACACUAGAAUGUAUUGUCAAUGUCGAGGAUGGAUGCUGUGCUUCUAUUGCUUUAAAUAUGCAUCAGAUGGGCUAUUUUACACUGUUGAGAAUUUUUAUACUUGAACUCUUUCUUACAAGGGAAAAUAUGAAAAAAGAAGAAUAACAACACACAAAAACCAAGGACUUUUUUCAUUGUCACUGGAUUUGGGCAUGUAAAGUGUUAAUGACUAUUUAAAUACGAACGUUCUGUAGGUAUUUAAGCCUUAUUUCAGAUUUUCAACACUAUUUACUCUAAAUGGAAAUAAAAGGUUCUAUAUUUAAACCUCAAAUGCUUUGUUCAUUGCACAGGCCUGAUUUUUGUCACUGUUUCCAUUGGGAAACAGCUUUUGCUUUUCAUUGGGUGCCUGGAUGGUGCGCUCAUGGUUUGGGAUUGUUAUAUUGUGUAACUUAUUCAUUGUAUUUCAAAAGCACACAUUCUAGGUCAUUGCUACAUCAUUGAGUCAUCCUGGUUCAAACUUAUUGUAUGGUGAAUUGCAAAAUAUUUCAAUGGCUUAAAGUGCUCAUGUUUUGUUUCUUAUGGUCUUUGUUUAGACAGGCGGUAGCUUUACCACUGCAGUGACGAAGAACAAGCUGUUGUGUAUUUCUCGUGGAUGAAGGUGUUGUGAAAAAGAAGCAGAUAUUCUCAGCAAGCCAACAGUAUAAACACACAGGCUGUCACUUCUCCUUGCCACACACAGAGAUGCUUAUUUAUGAGCUUGUUUAUGCUGGUUUGUGAGGUGACAAAUUUAACUGACCUCAUCUCUCCCUGUCCAGACAUUGCUUAAUAAUGGAGCUGGUAAAGGAAUAUUCUGGGUUCAUUACAAGUUAAGCUCAAUCGACAGUUUUUGUGACUGUUGAUAUUGAUUAGCACAAAAAAAGGUUGUGUUGAGGCACUUAGAAUGGAAGUGAAUUAGAGAUUGAUUUAAAAGCAGAAAUGUAAAGCUUAUCAUUUUAUAAUCACAAUGAUUUCUUCUGUUAAAACAGACAGCAUUUGUGGCAUAAUGUGGAUUACCACACUUUGCCCAUUGUUAACACACACACACACACAAAGUUUCUAACAGUGGAAGUAAACGUGGCCAGUUUUUAAAAGCAGAAAUUUGAAACUUAAGAUUCCAUCUGGUUAAACUAACAGCAUUCGUGGCAUAAUAUUGACUGCAAUCAAUCAAUAAAUAACUCAACCUUUUUUCUUUUUCCCCCCCGAAAAUCUGGGUUACGGUGAGAUACUUAAAAUGGAAUUGAAUAUGGCCAUUUUUGGAGUAUAAUAUUUAUUAAUUAACAAAAGCACUUACAUAAAUUCUUCUGUUAAAACUAGUGUAUUUGAUCUGUAAAGAUGUCCAAAACUUAUUUUACAGUUGUUUUAGAGGUUUUGGAAAAGUUGAAAAACUCACUUCCAUUGUAAGUGCACAACUGUAAACUCAGUUUUUGCAAAAGAAAACGAGAGGCGAGUUAAAAAAGGCUGAGUAAAUGUGGUAAUCAACAUAACCCCACAAGUGCUGUCGAUUGAGCUUAAUUUGUACUGAACUGCAAAUAUUCCUUUAGAGAUAGUUCCGUUUACUUCAUUUGUGAAAUUUAUUCUGUUUUGCACCAUUGCAAAACGAUUCAAACUAACCCUGAAUGUUUAAACGAGAGAAGGGAGACAUGUUGAAUAAACAUACAUGAUUAAG